AUGGGUAUUAAUUUUAGUUGUUUACCUGACUAUUCACAACAACAACAAACUCAACCAGAUAAACCACAUAAAGGACCAGUAGCAUUUAUUGAUGCAACUGAGCAAGUUUCAAGACCAAAAGUAACAACUCUGGAUAAAUUUGAUUUUGGUGAUGAUGAAGAUGAUAUAACAACAACACAAACCAAACCAGCCACAAAUAAAAAUACAAAUAUUACAUCAACAACAAUAAAUAAUAAUAAUAAUACAAAUAAUAUAGCUAAAAAAGAUAUAGAGCCAAAUAAUAAUAAAUACAGCGAGGAAGAAGAGGAGGAGGAGGAAGAGGACGAUAAUAAACCAACAAAUAACAAUAAUAACAAUAAUACAUCAACCAAUUUAGCAUCACCAGUAAAAGAUUUAUCAAAUGUUCCAUUAAGUACCCCAGCAAAAUCAGCUAUGACACUCGGUGGUUUAAAAAAACCAUUGGCACCAAAACAAACUCUUUCCGAAGAGCAAUUAAAAGAAUUACAACAAAAAAAUAAACAAAUCAUUGAAAACCAAAAGAACCAACCACCACAACCAACAAUUAUUCAACAAAAAGAAGAAGAAGAGGAAGAGGAAGAGGAAACCACCAAUACUGAAAGAAAUAAUAUACAAAAUAAAUAUUGGUCACAAGACGAUAGUAAUGAAUCCUUAAAGUCACCAGAGAAACCUGUAGGUGAUUGGGACGACGAUGAAAUUUCAUUCGGUGAUGAUUUUGACCAAGACACCACACACGUUGAACCACCACCAAUCGAUGACGACAAUGAAGAUACAACUACCCCUGCCACCACCAACGUUUUUAUUCCAACACCAAAAAAAUCAUCUAUCAUUUGGAAUGAUGAUGAUGGAUUCGAAUAG